AUGGAUCUGGGCCUUGAGAGUUCUGGUCUUGACGCCAUCUCUGCCUACUAUCUCAACAGUACCUUGAGUGUCAGCAUCCCCAUGGACGUGCCACUGCGCCCUCUGAUGGGCACCAAGGUGGUGGUGCCCUGCUACUUCCACGACAACCCAAUCAACCACCCGGGCACACCCACUGUCGACCCCCUGUCCCACCGCAUCAAGUGGACAUACAUCACCAAGGGCAAGGCCACCCUCAUCCUGGUGGCAUCGGAGGGCAAAGUUCACGUGGAGACGGAGUACCUAGACCGGGUCACCAUGGCCAACUACCCGCUGGUGCCCACCGACAUCACCAUGGAGAUUACGGAGCUGCGCUCCAAGGACUCAGGCACCUAUCGCUGUGAGGUCAUGCACGGCAUCGAGGAAAACCAUGACUCGGUGGACAUCCAGGUUCAAGGUGUUGUGUUCCACUACCGAGCCAUCUCUACACGCUACACUCUGAACUUUGAGAGAGCCAAGGCUGCCUGUAUCCAGAACAGUGCCACCAUCGCCACCCCGGCCCAACUACAGGCUGCCUUUGACGAUGGCUUCCACCAAUGUGACGCCGGUUGGCUAUCUGACCAAACAGUCAGGUACCCCAUCCAUGAGCCUCGUGAGGGUUGCUUUGGAGACAAGGAUGAGUUCCCGGGCGUGCGAACCUACGGCGUGAGAGAGGUCAACGAGACCUAUGACGUGUACUGCUUCGCACAGAAGAUGUCAGGCAGAGUGUUCUACUCCAUGUCCGUGGAGAAGUUCACCUUUUAUCAGGCAAUGGACCAGUGUGCCAAACUAGGGGCCAAGCUGGCCACCACAGGGCAGCUGCACCUGGCCUGGAAGGCUGGCAUGGACGUGUGCAACGCGGGCUGGCUGGCAGAUAGAAGCGUCCGCUACCCUAUCAACAUUGCCAGGCCGCAGUGCGGUGGAGGACUACUUGGAGUGAGGACCGUGUACCUGUUCCCUAACCAGACAGGCUACCCCUACCCAGACUCCCGCUACGACGCUAUCUGCUACCAAGAAGAAGACGGCGAAGUCAAGACGACCCUGUUCCCAGAGGUGGCCACCAUCACAGCUGGCCCCAUGGUUUACCUGGGGCGUACCACCGCUCUUGAGGCUGAGGCACAAGGGGAGGUUCUGACCCAAGCCCCCCUGGACACCACCAGCAUGGAACUGCCCUUACCCAUCCUCCCCAGUGUGAAUGACACGUAUGCCAAGGUCACCCCGGUCGUGGGAGAAGAGAUCAUCAGCAGGGUGACAGCUAAACCUAAUGUGGCCUCCGAGUUCCCUCGUGACAAUGACACUGCCAUGUCUCCUACAGGUGUAGUGUUCCACUACCGUGCUGGCUCCAGUCGCUAUGCCCUGUCCUUCGUGGAGGCCCAGUUGGCCUGUCAGAGUGUGGGUGCGGUCAUCGCCAGCUCUCAGCAGCUCCAGGCAGCCUAUGAGGCAGGGCUCCACCACUGUGAUGCAGGCUGGCUCAGGGACCAGAGCGUCAGGUACCCCAUCCUGUCUCCCAGAGAUAAGUGCUCAGGGAAUCUGGAGCAUCUCCCAGGGGUGAGGUCCUACGGCCUGAGACCCGCUACCGAGCGAUACGAUGUCUACUGCUAUGUGGACCGCCUCAAGGGGGAGCUGUUCUACACCAGCGACUAUGACAGCUUCUCCUACGAGGAGGCCGUGGCCCACUGUCAGAAGCUCAACACCACGCUAGCCACCACAGGGCAGCUCUAUGCCGCCUGGAGACAGGGCUUUGACAAGUGCCGUCCAGGCUGGCUGCAGGACCGGAGCAUCCGCUACCCCAUCCACAACCCCAGGCCCCACUGUGGAGGAGGCAAGGCUGGGGUACACACCAUCUACGCCUUCCCCAACCAGACGGGACACCCUGACCAGCACUCCAGAUACGACGCAUACUGCUUCAGAGCUGAACCUACGAUUAUUCACACUGAAACCAGACUCAACGUUACUGUAGUUGUCGAGGAGGAAAUGAUCAACAUGACAACCAGAACGGACCAAUUUACUCCGGUGAGCCCCAUCGUACCACCUGUAUCUGUGGAUGUGUCCGGUUCAGGCUUAGCUGAGCAUUCUACCAGUGGUAGUGGCAGUGGAACCCCUGGUAGCGGAGAUACAUCUGGUGGGGCCAGUGGCGAGGGCUCCGGGUCUGGCUUCCAAGUCACAUUCGAGGGCAGUGGGCACAUCUUGUCAGGACAGGGCUCUAGCUCUGGAGGUCUACAGGAGGCAGUAGAGGGGAGCACCACUGUCACUUACACCGGGUCUGGGAAUAGUGGCUCCGGGGUGGGGGUGGGAGAGUUCAGCGGUGGGCUACCGUCUGGUGUCCUUCCCCACUCCGGUAGUGGCAGUGGGGUAUCUGGGGACCUGAGCGGUAGCGGGGACUCUGUCAUAAUCAUGUUGGAUGGAGAGAUGGUGGACAUCUCCAAGCAGCAGCCCACCGGACAGGAGUUUGGACAAGGAGGUUUGGAUGUCAGUGGCUCCAGUGGAGUGUCCGGAUCGGGUGGCUUCUUCAGCGGGGAUGUGACCAGCACUUCUGGCUCCGGACUUCCCGACAUAUCUUUCGAACAUUCAGGUCUCAUUGACCUGACCGAGAAUCCCUCGGGAGAGCAGGAGGUCUCUGGCUACCAGCCUUUCGCCUCCAGUUUUCCAAGCGGUUUCCCCUCCGGUUAUCCUUUGGAUGUCAGUGGCUCCAGUGGAGUGUCCGGAUCGGGUGGCUUCUUCAGCGGGGAUGUGACCAGCACUUCUGGCUCCGGACUUCCCGACAUAUCUUUCGAGCAUUCAGGUCUCAUUGACCUGACCGAGAAUCCCUCGGGAGAGCAGGAGGUCUCUGGCUACCAGCCUUUCGCCACCGGUUUUCCAAGCGGUUUCCCCUCCGGUUAUCCUUCCGGUUUUCACAGCGGCUCUGGAUUCCCAUCCAGUGGUGACGGAUCCCACUCAGGCCAUGAGGUCAUCUUUCUGACAGAAGACGGGAUGAUGGAGGUGACAACACGGCGGCGUCCGGAGCAGGGUCGGGGAUACGUAGAGGUCAGUGGAGAUGGCAGUAGCCAGCAUGAGGGGAGCACCUCAGCCAGUGGGCUCUCCCUGGGGGAGUCAACGGUCGCAGAAGGCGUGGUGCUGCCCCCUGGGUCUACCAUGACUUACCCAGAGCAUAUCACCUAUCUGGGAAACACGGGAAGAGGGGAUGACCUGGACCUGGUGGAGGAAGACCAGGAGCUGGAGGGCCAUGAGCAGAAAGGGCAGGAGCAAGAAGGACUGGAAGGGCCCAUGGAGACAAUCAAUGUCACGGCACCAGCUGCAUUCUUCUCUAGCCCAACAACAGCAACCGCCGUCUCAAUGGUGACCCCUGUUGUGGUGGAGGAGCCUGCUGUAGUUGACGCACUGCAGGGCUGUGCCGAAGGCUGGGUGGAGUUCAUGGGGAGCUGCUACAUGCACUUUCUAGAGAGAGACACCUGGCCCGACGCCGAGCAGCGCUGCCAAGAGCUCAACUCCCACCUGGUCAGCAUCACCUCCCAACAGGAGCAGGAGUUUGUCAACUCUAACGCUCAGGACUAUCAGUGGAUUGGACUUAAUGACAAGGACGUGCAGAAUAAGUUCCGCUGGACAGAUGGGAGUCCAUUGGGAUUUGAGAACUGGAGGCCCAACCAGCCGGAUAACUACUUUAACUCUGGAGAGGACUGUGUAGUGAUGAUCUGGCAUGAGAACGGCCAGUGGAACGAUGUUCCCUGCAACUACCACCUGCCCUUCACCUGCAAGAGUGAACCUGUCGUGUGCCACUCCCCUCCUGAGGUGGACAACGCCAGGCCGAUGGGCAGCAGAAGAGACCGCUACCCCGUCAACUCUAUCAUCCUCUACCAGUGUGAUGCAGGCUUCACACGGCGCCACCCGCCUGUUGCACGCUGCCUUCCCGACGGGCGGUGGGAGGAGCCACAAGUGGAGUGUAUAGGACCUGAUGCCACCCCCAGCAACCGACUACAUAAGAGGUCCAUCAGGAGACGGUCUAAAGCAACCAACAGUCGGUCAUGGCGGGAGCUUCUCUAAGCAGGACUGAAGGGACACACUAAAAGAGAACCAAAUGGACCGCUCUUGUAAAGAAACAUUGAUAUUCAAUGCCAUUUUGCCUGACCUAAAGAGAUAAAGUUCCCACCAAGGGUGGAAAUGGGGAAAAGUUACUUUGGGAACCCACCAAUGAAAUAAUCAUUGAAUUCACCUGUAGCUAAUUUUUACAUGUCAAAAUGAUUGAAUUCCCUCAUUUCCACCCCUGAUUCCCAUCAUGUGUAUAUAUAUACACACAUAUAAACACCAAAGCACAUUAGACAUGAUUUUGAUAGUCCGACUGACAAUGCUGAUCUCUGAGUGUCACUCUGUGCCUUUGUGGGGGAUAUUUGGGCAGUGGUUCUCAACCUGGGGUACCAGCAACCCUGGGGGUACCUGGCCUAUCCACAGGGGGUACUUGGGAAGACUCGAAUAUGUAUAAUUGAGAGGAUACUUUGUGCAGAGCAUUAUGGACCUGAUUUCGCCGUAAUAAACGAUGCCUUUCUUGUGCACGUCUUUCCUAUGCACUUCUCAGUAGUUGGUACUCAGACUUACCUUAUGAAGGUGCGUAAUGGGAUUUGCAGACGUGGUUUCCUUACGCGCAAAGAAAUAUAUUGGUUUGUUUCAUCCGGAAAGUUGUCAUAUUCAAGUUCAAUCCAUGAUAAAUUGGAAGGUGGGAAAAAAAGUGUAAAAUAGGGGUUGAACAAUACUACUAUAAAUCUACCAUAAGCCGUACUAAUCAUCGAACUGUAUGACAACGGUCCAGUCGUUAUGAACCGUUCGCGGAGCUCCAGGUUUAACCUGCUAAGUGUUGUCUGAGUUCCAUAAUGAUUCAAAUAGGCUACAUGUCCGAAAUGAUUGCACAAUGUUAGACUAAUGCUAGCGACGCUCAGGCAGUGAAAGGUUCUAGCUUGUAUGGCUCCCUGGGCGAACCCACCGUGACAUGAUAUCAAUGACGUGACGUGCAAAUAAGCGAUAGAAAACCGAUCGCGCAAAUGUCACCAUUCUGAAUUUUUUAUGCAGGCGCCCCGGGCUACCCAUGUCGCCUAUACCUAAAUCCGCCACUACCCUCGGGAACAGUUUACACGGACGUGAAAGAGAACUAACACUAAGGUGACAGUUGUAAACGUGGGUGUUGUAUGUGGGUAUUACUGACCGUGGCCCCCGAGAGCGGCUAAUAUUUAAUUAACAUGAUACAUAUUUUUGUAUGAAACAGAAAAGCCUGGGCAUAUAAUUAAACAAUUCUAAAGUGCAUACAUCAACAUCUGCAGGUUCAGCCAUACAGAAGCCUAUAACUUGGGUGUCCAAGGGUUCUACCUGGAACCAAAAAUGUUCUCGUAUGGGGACAGCCGAAGAACCCUUUUAGGUUCUAGAUAGCACCUUUUUGGGGGUGAUUUUCAGAGAUCAUAAGGAAAAACCAUCUAAAACAAUUGCAGUGUAUUUACAAUUCCCUUCUCCAAAUGGAUUGCUCAUUUACCUAGCUCUUACCAAUAGCUCUUAUCCAUUUAUAAAUGACCAUGCAUGGAGAACGCUGUUAUUUCUAUCGAGAAAAAAAUGAAGUACAUGCUUGGAACCAGCACUCUACCUUAUUCAUGCUUUCCUCGCGCUUAAAGCUGAGGGAAUUAAGUCAACAUCAGAAUAGGGCUUUUCUGUAUCUCUACCCAGAAGGGGUCUCAUGCUUAAAUUCAAGGUCAGAAUACGCAUAGAGAGAAAAGUGCAUCAAAAAAGGGAAUCGGAGUCUAAUGGGUACAGUUGACAACAACAAAAAGGUUGAGAACCACUGAUACAGGGGAAUAUGGGGGAGGUUCAUCUUGUGUCAGAAUCGUUUGAAAGGUUCAUUAGUUUAUGGUGUUCAGCCAUUGGAGUCUUUUGAUUGGGUGGUAGAGAGAAUAUUUGGUCCCUCAUGUAUUAUACUCUGACUAGGGUGUGACUCAAAGAGAUGUUGGACGGGUCAAUAAAAAUGGAUAGUAUUAUUUAUUUGGGGUCCCAUCUGAAUGGAGUGGGAACGAAACAUCCCUCCCCAAGGCACUAGAGUGACACUGAAAGUCAAGAACAAAGUUUUAAAAAGUGUUUAGGAUUGCAGCUGGAUACUCUGAAGUCAAGCACAUUUUUUCCCCCUUUUAGUUUAUGUUUGAUAAUUCGCUUUUUUUUCUAGUGUUGGACCUUAGGACCAAAUAGGGAACAACUCCUAUAUGUGAAGAAAAGAGACAGAGCAAUGUUUGUCUGUUUCGGAAUGUCGAACAGAGUACCUCCAACUCUGGCAUAGUAUUGUGCUCUCAUCCUGGACCUUUGGGCUAUUUUCGGGCACCAAAUAAUUCAGAACACAGAGACGAGUAGAGGGCGCACUUGCCACAAAGCCUGUUUUAGCAUGAAGAAGAGAAAAUGGACAACUUCAGAAAUGGGGAUAGUCCUCAAUGGCGAUGCCCACGCUGUCACAGAAGUGAUCAAUGGCAAAGAUAGGACGUGUGCUCUCUUUUUUUAUCUCUACGCUUCAGAACCAUCUGGUGAAAAUGCCAUCGAUGCAACUGUAGCACUAUGGGAGCAGGCUAGCGUCCAACAAUCCAUGUGACCCUACAAUCCAUACGCUCAUACACAUGUUUGUCUGUUUAUUUCUCACUGUGAAUUCUCUCAAACAACGCUUUUGAUAUCAGAUAUCAAGCAUUCUGAUUAAUGAAUAAACAGGGCCUUUGUUUUCCAUUCAUCUUAUUCACGACCCCAAGUCUCCCUGUGUGCAGGAAGGGAAUUAUGAGGGGUUGAAUUGGUACUGAAGCACUUAAAAAUGAAUUGACACCAGUAGCAUAACAAGCUGUGAUGGCACAAUGAUAGAGGAGGAGGAGUUAGAGGACAUGUUAAGUUGACGAGGAUCCUUUUGGGUCGAAUCAUGUUUAACGUUUGGGAAGCAGGGGUUCAUACUCAAGCUUCCCUCCCACCCGACUCACGCACGUUCAACAAACUCACUCAACACAACACAAUACUCUCACACGUCGGAAGUGAUGUCAACAUUUGAUGAAUGGUUGAAUGGUUUAUGGGUGUCUCAGUGCAGAGGGAGGUCACACACACAGACACAGACCCCCCCCCCCCACACACACACACACACAGACACAAACAAACACACAAGAGAGAACGUAUGGGUGUGUGCCCAUGCACGUGAGUAUAAAGUGUGUGUGUGUGUUGAAUGAGUGUUUCAGCACAAAGAACAUAGAUACAUGUGAUAAUGUUUAUUCAGUGUGUGACAUUCUAAUAAGGGAUUUGGAUGUGACUAUCAAAUAAAAUCUGAAAUCGUCUGUUUCUGUUCA